AACUGUCUAUAAAUGCAGGAUAAUUUCUGCGCCAUUUAGUUUACGAGGAAAGUUUCUCACAUCUGUGGUUUCCAUAAAAAUAUACGAAGUAUUCAGAAUGAAGACAUUGGCAAUUAUUGUAGCUGUAUUCGCUAUCAUAACGAUGGUUUACGGUUUCAACCCCGAACGAUUUCAAAAAUUAGUGGAUAACACGGCAAAGUGCAGAAAGGAUUUGGGCGAGUCAUCGUCUCAGCCGCUCACCAGCUCAACCAUUAUGCAGCUCAGUGCCAAAGCGCUCCUUUGCGGGUUAUCUAAGGAUGGCCAGAUAAUUAAUAAGGACGGCCUGUUCUGGGUAGAGAAUUCUUCCCAAGCACUUCAGGAUUUUCUUUCCGACCCGGCCAAAAUAGAACAGGCAAAGAAGAUAUUCAAAGAAUGCUACGACAAAAAUAUGCAAGGCGAAGGUACUAACCAGGAAAAGACGGUGAAAAUAACCGAAUGCACAUUGCCGAUUGUGGUUCUCUCGGAAAUGUAUAAAAACAACUAACUGAUUUUUCCCUGAAUAUAAUGUACACUUUAUAUUAUUUCCUGAAUUCUUUGCUAUAAUCUUAUCUGUAGAUUAUUUAGUCUUCACUGGAGUUGGAAAUGUUUGUAAUAAUAGUUCAAUAAAAUA